CCGGCGAUAAAGACGCCUUCUAUCGACGAUUGUUCUCCCACUUCAGUCGUACGGCGGGACCGAGCAAAGAAUUCUGGUGGGGCUCGGGGCCGGAGCAAUGGCAAGUCUUCCAUGAAAAAAAGAAGGGAGAGGGGAAGAUCGGGGUUGAUUCCUUGGGGCUUGCUCGUGCUAGUCAGAACCAUACAUGUCGCAGACCGAAUCGUCGCGCAAGGUCAAGAAGAGGUCCAGCCUCUUGGCGCGCGCUGCCUCUGCUUCGUCGCGCAGCGGCAAAAAGAGCAAUGGUGGAACGCUCCAGCCGCAACAUGGAAGUGGCAGCGCAGGGUCGAGGACCGUGAGGCGAGCGCUGACGGCAGCGGAACAGGCCUUGGUGAGGGAGAGAGAAGAGGAGAGGGCCGAGCGGGAGAGAGAACGGAUCAAGCGCAAGAGGGAGCGACGCUUGGACGAGCUCGAGAGGGGACUUUCGUCCAAGGACAAGGCCGCGGGUGGUGCGAAGGCGUCUGCAGCGAUUGGAGGCGCUGAUGGAGCUGCGUCUGGAGGCGCCGGAGGGAUAGGUCUGCCGGCGGCUUCAACAUCAGCUGCGACGCUGGCAGGCAUCUUGGCUGGUCGAGAGGCGCAGAGAGAGAGUGCUACCCUCAUCGAAGACCUUUCUAAGGCUGCUGCCCCCGCAGGCGCGGCUGGGGCAGGAGGGCAAGCCACUCCUACGGCGGCCUCAGGCAAGAGAAAGCAGAGCGCCGAAUUGCGGAGGAUCAUCACACACAGGAAGGGCUUCCGAGCUCUUCUCGACGAGGCGGCAGCGUCGUCUUCAUACGACGAAGCACCGAUCAACUUCAAAAAGGCCAUCGUUGUCUCGUCGAGGUAUCCGGCCUCGCAUCGUUCUUUGGCACCACCUUGUUCCAUCUGCGGCUAUUGGGCUGAUAUCAAGUGUAUGCGAUGCGGCGAUCGAGUGUGCGGGAAGCGAUGCAGCGAAACGCACGAUGAGACUCGAUGUGAACGACCUCUGUAGAGGAAAAUGUAUAUCUCGGUCGGACAGACCAUACAAAUGUAUCAUUGCAAC